AUGGUGUCCGAAGAAAGCGAGUGGUUUUCAAGCUAUUGGAAACGCGACAUAAAUGGACACAACUCCGCUUUGGAUUUUUUGGUUGACACAAAGGAUAUCCAAGCGUUGAACAGCAAAAAACACAACCAAGAAUCUAGAUGUAAAAAACUAAAAAAGGCAGGCACAAAACUGGUAAUCGAUAUUAUUUUUAAACGCGCGGGGGCAAACGUACCCCAUGAGAAUCAAGCCGGGCUGCCAGGGCUUAAAGUCACUCGAGCAACUCUAACCUCCCACUGGCUCAGUCUCACGCUUACUGGCUCCCAGAACCGCUCCUAA